AUGUCUGUUCCGGACUUCAACGGCGGCAAUUCCACGCUUCGCGAUGCCUCAGGAACGCAGCGCAACCCUCGGAAGCUGAAAACAUAUGAUGCGCCUUCACAUGUGCUCCAAACCUUCAUACCGCAAUCGUCUCGCGAUGCAUACCUCGCUAUCCGCGCCUUCAACGUCGACGUCGCCCGUGUGGCAGACACGACAAGCACACCCACCAUUGGCAUGAUGCGCAUGCAGUUCUGGCGGGACACAGUCACCAAAGCCCUAGCAGGCACACCCCCCAAAGAGCCCGUGGCAAUUCUCCUUGCUCGAGCAGCCGAAGACCUCGACUCGCGCUCCAGCGGAAAGUCACGCUUCAGCAAGAGCUGGCUCCACCGCAUCAUCCGCACCCGCGAAGAGCAUCUCACCAACCCGCCCUACCCAACCCUCGGCGCCCUCGAAACCUACGCAGAAAACACUUACUCUACCAUGCUGUACCUCACGCUCUCCGCCCUGCCCCAAGCUUCCCUCACGACCGACCAUAUCGCCUCCCACAUCGGCAAGGCAAUGGGCAUCGCCGCCGUCCUGCGCGGCAUCCCCCUUGUCGCCUUUCCACCACCACAACCACUCGGCACAAGCAACUCCAUGACCGGCCAAUCCGGUCCAACUCAAGGCGCCGUCCUGCUCCCCCUCGACGUCAUGGCCGAGUCCAACCUCCGCGAAGAAGACGUCUUCCGCCAGGGCUCCUCCGCGCCCGGCCUGCGCGACGCCGUCUUCACCGUCGCCACGCGCGCAAACGACCACCUGAUCACCGCGCGCGAGAUGCUCGCCAAGCUACGGUCCGACGGCACGCUGGGCCAUGAUUUUGAGCACCAGCACGAGGAGGAACAUCAGUAUGCGCCGCAGGUGGAUGCGAGCAAAGAGGGAAAACUGGCUGAGGUGGAGCAGGCGUUUGGCGUGUUCAUGCCGAGUGUGGCGACGCAGAGUUGGUUGGACAGGCUGCAGAAGGCGGAUUUUGAUGUUUUUGAUGAAGGGCUGAGGAAGGUCGAUUGGAAGCUGCCGGUGAAGGCGUAUUGGGCGUACAGUAGGCGGAAGAUAUAA